AGGAUGCUGGAUAGGAAGUGUGUGAACCAGACGGGACGUCAUCCGUUCUGAGUUAGUAGGGCCCAGAACUGGGCCGGUUUGAGAAGGCGGUUUGUCGUUCUACACAAGUUUCCUAGCAUUUUGCGUUUGUCACCCGUUCCCAUCUUGAUUAGAGGCUAAAGGAGGCAAGCUCAGUGAAUUUUCCCGGGGUUUGUGUGCACCUGGACCGCGUAGCGCACCGGUUUGUAAUACCGGUGGGCGUGCUACCCCGCUAAACAUGGCGGACACAGAGAGCGAAGGGGACCGUGGCCAGAGCAGCGCCGUGGCGGCAGACCCUUCCCUGCUGGUCUCCCACCUCAGGAAAGUCGUGCCGCUGCUGCUGGAGGACAGUGACGCGGGCUCGGCGGCGCUAAACGCGGCCCUCGCGGACAAGGCCAGCGUCGACUGUCUGAAGAAGUUCGUCAGCGACGCCCAGGUUCACACCUUGCUGGUGCAGAGGGCUGUGGCCAAAGAUGAUGGGGACGUGUCUGACAGCAGCCCUGACUCUGACCAGGAGUUCAUCAGUUACAUCAUCACCACUCAUGGGCACUUCAAGAGCCAGAAGGUCACCAGUGUUGCGUUCAUCAAGCGAGGGCCUGUUAUCGAGGCGGAUAAGACCAUUGCCUCGCAGGUGCGCGUGAUGACGCUCAGCGACGGCUCGCCGUACGAAACGCUUCACGCCAUCGUCAGUAACUCCGUGGCUCCGUACUUCAAAUCCUACGUCCGCGAGUCGGGCAAGGCAGACAGGGAUGGAGACAAGAUGGCGCCGUCUGUUGAGAAGAAGAUAGCUGAGCUGGAGAUGGGGCUGCUGCACCUGCAGCAGAACAUCGACAUUCCGGAGAUCACCCUCACCAUCCACCCCACCGUGGCCGGGAUCGUCAAGAAGGUGCACGAGGAGGAGGGGCGCAAAGCCAACGUGUCCGACUUUGGGAACCGCGUGGAGGACUCCACUUUCCUCAACGCCCUGCAGCACGGCGUCAACCGCUGGAUCAGGGAGAUACAGAAGGUGACCAAACUUGACCGUGACCCUGCGUCGGGUACGGCCCUGCAGGAGAUCAGUUUCUGGCUGAACCUGGACCGAGGCCUGCUCUCCAUCCAGGAGAAACGGGAGAGUCCGGAGAUUCACCUCACGCUGGACAUCCUCAAACACGGAAAACGCUUCCACGCAACCGUCAGCUUCGACACUGAUACAGGUCUCCAGCAGGCGAUAGACACCGUGAAGGACUACAACAACCUGAUGCGGGACUUUCCCCUGAACGACCUGCUGGCAGCCACCGAGCUGGACCGGAUCAGACUGGCGCUCACCGCCAUCUUCAGCCACCUCCGCAAGAUCCGCAACACCAAGUACCCCAUCCAGCGGGCGCUGCGGCUGGUGGAGGCCAUCUCACGGGACCUCAGCACUCAGCUGCUCAAGGUCCUAGGCACCCGUCGCCUGAUGCACAUCACGCACGACGAGUUUGAGAAGGUGAUGGGGGCGUGCUUCGACGUGUUCGGCUCCUGGGACGACGAGUACGAGAAGCUGCAGGGGCUCCUGCGAGACCUCGUCAAGAAGAAGCGAGACGAGAGCCUCAAGAUGGUCUGGAGAAUCAACCCGGCACACAAGAGGCUGCAGAUGAGGCUGGACCAGAUGAGGAGGUUCCGUCGGCAGCACGAGCAGCUGCGAGGCGUGAUUCUGCGCGUCCUGAGGCCUGCGGUCCAGGCUACAACUCCGACCAGCCCCGAGGGAGAGGCCUCCAGUCCGGUCAAGACUACGGAGUUCCUGCUGGAUGCAGCAGACGCCAACGCCAUCGAGGAGGUGAACCUGGCGUAUGAGAAUGUGAAGGAGGUGGACGGACUGGACGUGUCGAAGGAAGGGACGGAGGCCUGGGAGGCCGCCAUUAAAAGGUAUGACGAGCGGAUUGACCGCGUGGAGACCCGGAUCACGGCCCGUCUGCGAGACCAGCUGGGCACCGCCAAGAACGCCAACGAGAUGUUCCGCAUCUUCUCGCGUUUCAACGCCCUGUUCGUGCGGCCGCACAUCCGCGGAGCGAUCCGCGAGUACCAGACACAGCUCAUCCAGCGCGUCAAGGACGACAUCGAGUCGCUACACGACAAGUUCAAGGUGCGGAACCUGAAGUGGCUGGGGUUCCGAGUCCCGCUGGCGAUUGUCAACAAGGCUCACCAGGCUAACCAGCUGUACCCCUUCGCCAUCUCACUCAUCGAGAGUGUUCGCACCUACGAACGGACCUGCGAAAAGGUUGAUGAGAGACCCCAGAUCACCCUGCUGGUGGCAGGACUGAGGAAGGAUGUGCAGGCUUUACUGGCAGAGGUUGAGAAGAAGCUGGCAACGCGGCUCCAGGCGGGACUGAAAGCGUGGAGGGUUUUGGGUAGGGUCGAGAAGAAGCUGGCCACGCGGCUCCAGGCGGGACUGAAGGCUUGGACGGAGGUGCUGCUGAAGGAGGGAGAUGACGACCAGGCGAACCAAGACAUGGACAACGACGUCGCUCCGGCUCACAAACCCGGAGGAGACCCCAAACUGCAGACCCUGCGUUACGAGCUGCGUCUGAUGAACCAGGUGAUCUACCUGGAGCCGCCGCUGGAGAACGUCCGCAUGCGGCUGUUUCAGCAGCUGCACGACUGGGAGCAGGUCAUCACCACACUGCCCAGGAUACAGAGUUCUCGUUACCAGGUUGGACUGGAACGCGGGGAGUCUGAGAGAGAGACGACCUACCGUAACCUGCUGACCAAACUGCCUGACGGUCAACAUGCCAUGGACGUGGCUUUCCAGGCCAUCGAAGAUGUCGUCGUCAAGACCAAUGCCUAUGUAGCUGUCCAGCAGCGUCAGUUGGGAGUGUCUGGCCGGAUCUUCCAGAUCACCAGUGAAAGGGCCAAGGGCGGGAGGAACGUCUUAAGGCUUCGGGUCAACUUCUCCAAGGAGAUCAUCACUCUCUCCAAGGAGGUGCGGAACCUGAAGUGGCUUGGGUUCCGAGUCCCGCUGGCGAUCGUCAACAAGGCUCACCAGGCCAACCAGCUGUACCCCUUCGCCAUCUCACUCAUCGAGAGUGUUCGCACCUACGAACGGACCUGCGAAAAGGUUGAUGAGAGACCCCAGAUCACCCUGCUGGUGGCAGGACUGAGGAAGGAUGUGCAGGCUUUACUGGCAGAGGGCAUGAACCUGGUGUGGGAGUCCUACAAGCUGGACCCGUACGUCCAGCGCCUGGCUGAAGCCGUGUUCCAGUUCCAAGAAAAGGUGGACGACCUGCUGCUGAUUGAGGAGAAGAUCGACACCGAGGUCAGGUCCCUCGAGACCUGCAACUACAAGGAGGAGACCUUUAAAGAGGUCCUGGACCACGUGCAGAAGUCUGUGGACGACCUCAACCUGCACGCCUACUCCAACCUGCCCCAGUGGGUCGCCAAGCUAGACCACGAGGUCGAGAAGAAGCUAGCCACUCGGCUCCAGGCGGGACUGAAGGCGUGGACGGAGGUGCUGCUGAAAGAGGGAGAUGACGACCAGGCGAACCAAGACAUGGACAACGACGUCGCUCCGGCUCACAAACCCGGAGGAGACCCCAAACUGCAGACCCUGCGUUACGAGCUGCGGCUGAUGAACCAGGUGAUCUACCUGGAGCCGCCGCUGGAGAACGUCCGCAUGCGGCUGUUUCAGCAGCUGCACGACUGGGAGCAGGUCAUCACCACACUGCCCAGGAUACAGAGUUCUCGUUAUCAGGUUGGGCUGGAACGCGGGGAGUCUGAGAGAGAGACGACCUACCGUAACCUGCUGACCAAACUGCCUGACGGUCAACAUGCCAUGGACGUGGCUUUCCAGGCCAUCGAAGAUGUCGUCGUCAAGACCAAUGCCUAUGUAGCUUCCUGGCUCCAGUACCAGGCCCUGUGGGACCUGACUCCUGACCAGGUCUACAACCGUAUCGGGGAGGGCAUCCAGCGUUGGGUCAAUGUCAUCGUUGAAGUCAAGCAGUCUCGGGCAACCUUUGACACUGCGGAGGUGCGGAAGGAAUUCGGGCCGAUUGUGAUCGAGUUUGGCAAGGUCCAGUCGAAAGUGAACCUGAAGUACGACUCGUGGCACAAGGAGAUUCUGGGCAAGUUUGGCAGCAUGCUGGGAGAGUCCAUGGUGGAGUUCUACGACACCGUCUCCAAGAGCCGUACUGAGCUGGAGCAGCACUCGGUGGAGACUGCCAGCACCUCCGAUGCCGUCAGCUUCAUCACGUAUGUCCAGUCACUCAAGCGCAAGGUCCGCAGCUGGGAGAAGCAAGUCGACGUGUACCAGAAUGGUCAGAGAAUCCUGGAGAAGCAGCGUUUCCAGUUCCCGUCCUCCUGGCUGUACGUGGAUAACAUCCUGGGCGAGUGGGGAGCCUUCACUGAGAUCAUGAAGAGGAAGGACUCGGCCAUCCAGACACAGAUUGCCAGCCUGCAGAUGAAGAUUGUGGAGGAAGAUCACAGCGUGGAAACUCGCAGCACAGAGCUUCUCUCAGACUGGGAGAAGAACAAACCUGUGGAAGGUGGGCAGCGUCCGGACAAGGCGCUCAACGCUCUGGCCAUUUUCGAGGGGAAGUUCAGCCGGCUGAAGGAGGACAGAGACAACCUGGCUCGAGCCAAGGAGGCUCUGGAGCUGCAGGAUCCAGGCAUGUUGUCUGCGUCAGAAGAACGUGUGACGGUGGCUCUGGAGGAGCUGCAGGACCUGAAGGGAGUCUGGUCGGAGCUGUCAAAGGUUUGGGAGCAGAUUGACCAGCUCAAGGAGACAACUUGGCUCUCCGUGCAGCCCAGGAAGCUGCGACAGUCGCUGGACAACCUGCAGACGCAGCUGAAGAACAUGCCGUCUCGCCUGCGCCAGUACAGCAGCUACGACUACGUCUCACGUGUCGUCAAGAGCUACCAGAAGAUCAACAUGCUCGUUGUUGAGCUGAAGUCGGACGCGCUGAAGGAGCGCCACUGGAAGCAGCUGAUGAAGCGGCUGCGGGUGAAGUGGGUUCUGUCGGAGCUGACCCUGGGACACAUCUGGGACGUCGACCUGCAGAAGAACGAGGGGAUCGUGAAGGACGUGAUCCUCGUGGCGCAGGGCGAAAUGGCCCUGGAGGAGUUCCUCAAGCAGGUGCGUGAGGCUUGGCAGACGUAUGAGUUGGACCUGGUAAACUACCAGAACAAGUGCCGGCUGAUCAGAGGCUGGGACGACCUCUUCAACAAGGUCAAGGAGCACAUCAACAGCGUGGCCGCCAUGAAGCUCUCGCCCUACUACAAGGUGUUUGAGGAGGAUGCGCUGUCCUGGGAAGACAAGCUGAACCGCAUCAACGCGCUGUUCGACGUGUGGAUCGACGUGCAGCGACGCUGGGUCUACCUGGAGGGCAUCUUCGCCGGCAGCGCUGACAUCAAGCACCUGCUGCCCGUGGAGACACAGCGCUUCCAGAGCAUCAGUACUGAGUUCCUGGGCCUGAUGAAGAAGGUGGCCAAGGCCCCCCUGGUGCUGGACAUCCUGAACAUCCCCGGCGUACAGCGUCUGCUGGAGAGGUUAGCCGACCUGCUGGGCAAGAUCCAGAAGGCCCUGGGGGAGUACCUGGAGCGGGAGAGGUCCUCCUUCCCACGAUUCUACUUUGUUGGAGACGAAGACUUGUUGGAGAUCAUCGGGAACAGCAAGAACGUCGCUCGGCUCCAGAAACACUUCAAGAAGAUGUUUGCAGGCGUGAACUCCAUCGUGCUGAAUGAGGACGCAACUCUGGUCAAGGGGCUGUCUUCCAAGGAAGGCGAGGAAGUGAUCUUCAGUUCUCCGGUGUCAAUCAAAGAGAACCCAAAGAUAAACGAGUGGCUGACGCUGGUGGAGCAGGAGAUGAGAGUCACGCUGGCCCGGCUGCUGUCCCAGUCCGUCACCGAGCUCAAGUCCCUGGGGGAGGGCGCCGUGGACCCCGCCAAGUACAUGCAGUGGGUCGACAAGUACCAGGCCCAGCUGGUGGUGCUGUCAGCCCAGGUCUCCUGGUCGGAGGGUGUGGAGAAAGCUCUGACCUCCAUCAACGGCGGCACAGACCUCAAGCCCAUGAAGGUCAUGCUGGACUCCGUGGAGGCGACCUUGAACGUGCUGGCCGACUCCGUCCUUCAGGAACAGCCGCCGGUGAGACGGAAGAAACUGGAACAUCUGAUCACAGAGUUGGUCCAUCAGCGUGACGUGACCCGCUCUCUGGUGAAGGACAAGGUGAACUCGCCGCUCAGCUUCAACUGGCUGUGCCAGAUGCGCUUCUACUACAACCCCCGCAACACGGACGUGCUUCAGCAACUCUCCAUACACAUGGCCAACGCCAAGUUCAACUACGGCUUCGAGUACCUGGGCGUGCAGGACAAGCUGGUGCAGACCCCGCUCACAGACAGGCUGUACCUCACCAUGACUCAGGCUCUGGAGGGGAGGCUCGGAGGCUCGCCCUUCGGUCCGGCAGGAACAGGGAAGACGGAGUCUGUGAAGGCCCUGGGUCACCAGCUCGGCCGCUUCGUGCUGGUCUUCAACUGUGACGAGACCUUCGACUUCCAGGCCAUGGGCCGCAUCUUCGUGGGGCUGUGUCAGGUGGGGGCCUGGGGCUGUUUUGACGAGUUUAACCGCCUGGAGGAGAGGAUGUUGUCAGCCGUCUCUCAACAGAUCCAGUCCAUCCAGUUAACGCUGAAGGAAUCCACACAAGACUCGCAGAUCUCCGUGGAGCUGAUCGGUAAGCAGGUGAAGGUGAACCCUGACAUGGCGAUCUUCAUCACGAUGAACCCGGGCUACGCCGGGCGCUCCAACCUGCCCGAUAACCUGAAGAAGCUGUUCCGCAGCCUCGCCAUGACCAAACCCGACCGGCAGCUCAUCGCCCAGGUCAUGCUGUACUCGCAGGGCUUCCGCACUGCAGAGAAACUCGCCAACAAGAUCGUCCCCUUCUUCAAGCUGUGUGAUGAGCAGCUGUCAAACCAGUCUCACUACGACUUCGGUCUGCGCGCGCUGAAGAGCGUGCUGGUUUCCGCCGGCAACGUGAAGCGCGACCGCAUCCAGCACAUCAAGGAGCUGAAGAAGGAACAGGGAGAGGCUGUGGACGAGGGGGCCAUCGCUGAGAACCUGCCGGAACAGGAGAUUCUGAUCCAGAGUGUGAUGGAGACGAUGGUGCCGAAGCUGGUAGCUGAGGACAUCCCCCUGCUGCACUCCCUGCUGUCGGACGUGUUCCCAGGCAUCCAGUACACGCGGGCGGAGAUGAAGGCCCUCCGCACCGAGCUGACCAAGGUCUGCCAGGAGAUGCACCUGGUGUACGGGGAGGGCGAGGAGAUGGGCACCAUGUGGGUGGAGAAGGUUCUGCAGGUGUACCAGAUCUCACAGCUGCACCACGGGCUGAUGAUGGUCGGCCCGAGCGGCAGCGGGAAGAGCGCUGCCUGGAAGUGUCUGCUGAAGGCUCUGGAGAGACUCGAGGGAGUGGAGGGGGUCGCACAUGUCAUUGACCCGAAGGCUAUCAGUAAAGACCAGCUGUACGGCACACUGGACCCCAACACCAGGGAGUGGACAGACGGUCUGUUCACGCACAUCCUCCGCAAGAUUGUUGACAACAUCCGUGGAGAGCUGCAGAAGCGACAGUGGAUCGUGUUUGAUGGGGAUGUGGACCCGGAGUGGGUGGAGAACCUGAACAGUGUGCUCGACGACAACAAACUGCUGACUCUGCCCAACGGAGAGCGACUCAGCAUCCCCCUAAUGUAAGUGCGGAUCAUGUUUGAGGUGCAGGACCUGAAGUACGCCACGCUGGCCACCGUGAGCCGCUGCGGCAUGGUGUGGUUCAGCGAGGACGUCCUCUCCACCGAGAUGGUGUUCGACAACUUCCUGUCUCGCCUGCGCAACAUCCCCGUGGAGGAGGGGGAGGAGGAGAGGACCUACGGACAGGGACAGGAGGCCGACAAGGAGGAGGUCUCACCUGUCCUGCAGCUCCAGCGCGACGUUGCCAACCUGCUGACUCAGUUCUUCACCUCGGACGGCCUCGUCAUUCGCUGCCUGGAGUUCGCCGCACAGCAGGAGCAUAUUAUGGACUACACGCGCUUCCGGGCGCUGGGAUCGCUCUUCUCCAUGCUGAACGAAGCUGUCCGCAGCGUCCUGGCGUACAACCAUUCUCACCCGGACUUCCCGCUAACCUUUGACCAGCUGGAGAAGUACAUCCCGAAGAUGCUGGUGCACUCCCUGCUGUGGUCUCUGGUGGGAGAUGCAAAGAUGAGGGUUCGGGAGGAGAUGGGCACGUUUAUCCGCGGAGUGACGACCAUCCCGCUGCCGCCCAACCCAAGCAUACCCAUCAUCGACUUCGAGGUGAGCAUCACAGGUGACUGGCUGCCAUGGAACGCGAAGGUUCCGCAGGUGGAGGUGGAGACCCACAAGGUGGCCGCGCCUGACGUGGUGGUACCCACACUGGACACGGUUCGGCACGAGGCGCUGCUGUACACCUGGCUGGCGGAGCACAAGCCGCUCGUCCUCUGCGGACCGCCGGGCAGCGGCAAGACCAUGACUCUCUUCAGCGCCCUGCGCGCCCUGCCCGACAUGGAGGUUGUUGGUCUGAACUUCUCGAGCGCGACGACUCCGGAGCUGAUGCUGAAGACGUUUGACCACUACUGCGAGUACCGGAGGACCCCCCACGGACUGGUGCUGUCUCCCAUCCAGCUGGGCAAGUGGCUCGUCGUCUUCUGCGAUGAAAUCAAUCUCCCGGACAUGGACAAGUACGGCACGCAGCGAGUCAUCUCGUUCCUGAGGCAGAUGGUGGAACACGGCGGCUUCUUCCGCUCCUCCGACCAGCAGUGGGUCAAGUUCGAGAGGAUCCAGUUCGUGGGAGCGUGCAACCCCCCGACAGAUCCGGGCCGCAAACCUCUGUCUCACAGGUUCCUGCGGCAUGUGCCUGUGGUGUAUGUGGACUACCCUGCGGCUCCGUCCCUCAUGCAGAUCUACGGCACCUUCAACCGUGCCAUGCUGCGCCUGAUCCCCACCCUACGGACCUACGCAGAGCCUCUCACUAUGGCAAUGGUCGAGUUCUUCACUAUGUCACAGGAGAGGUUUACCCAGGACACCCAGCCACACUACAUCUACAGCCCACGUGAAAUGACCCGCUGGGUGCGCGGGAUCCUGGAGGCCCUGCGGCCGCUCGAGUCGCUUCCUGUGGAGGGUCUGGUGCGCAUCUGGGCACACGAGGGGCUCAGGCUCUUCCAGGACAGGUUGGUGGAAGAAGAGGAGCGUCAGUGGACGGAUGAGAACAUCAACACGGUGGCGCUGAAGCACUUCCCCAACAUCGACCAGCAGAAGGCGCUCGGCCGACCCAUCCUCUACAGCAAGUGGCUGUCUAAAGACUACGUUCCUGUAGACAGGGAGGAGCUGAGAGAGUACACCAAGGCCAGACUCAAGGUGUUCUACGAAGAGGAGCUUGACGUUCCUCUGGUGCUGUUUAACGAGGUGUUGGACAACGUUCUGCGGAUCGACCGGAUCUUCCAGCAGCCCCAGGGCCACCUUCUGCUCAUCGGCAUGAGCGGAGCCGGCAAGACCACGCUGUCGCGCUUCGUGGCCUGGAUGAACGGACUUACGGUCUACCAGAUCAAGGUCCACAGGAAGUACACAGCCGCAGACUUUGAUGAGGACCUGCGGAACGUGCUGCGGCGGUCGGGCUGUAAGGACGAGAAAAUCGCCUUCAUCAUGGACGAGUCCAACGUGCUCGACUCCGGAUUCCUGGAGAGGAUCAACACUCUGCUCGCCAACGGAGAGGUGCCGGGACUGUUUGAGGGAGAUGAGUACACCACUCUGAUGACCCAGUGUAAGGUGAACCCCAGCUCCCAGGGCCUGAAGGACCGGGCCGCAACAUCGCCUGCACUCUUCAACAGAUGUGUGCUGAACUGGUUUGGAGACUGGUCGGAGGGAGCGCUGUACCACGUCGGUCUGGAGUUCACCAGUAAGCUGGACCUGGAGCGGCCGGACUGGAAGGUGCCGGACUACAUCCCACAGGCGUUCGAGGGCCUGCCGGAGAUGCCGACGCAUCGUGACAUCAUCGCCAACGCGUUUGUGUACGUGCACCAGACCCUGCACCAGGCCAACCAGAGGCUCAGCAAGCGUGGCGCCCGCAUCAUGGCCAUCACCCCGCGCCACUACCUCGACUUCAUCAACCACUAUGUAAAACUGUACAACGAGAAACGUUCAGACCUGGAGGAGCAGCAGCUCCACCUGAACGUGGGGUGGUCUAAGAUCCGGGAAACCGUGGAGCAGGUGGAGGAGAUGAGGAAGAGUCUGUCAGUGAAGAAACAGGAGCUGGAGGCGAAGAACACUGCCAACGCCAAGCUGAAGGAGAUGGUGAAGGACCAGCAGGAGGCUGAGAGGAAGAAGGUGAUGUCCAUGGAGAUCCAGGAGAAGCUGAAGGCACAGCUAGAACAGAUCAAGGUCAAACGUGCGUACGUGAUGGAGGACCUUGCCAAGGUCGAGCCUGCUGUCAUCGAGGCCCAGCAAGCUGUCAAGGGCAUCAAGAAACAGCAUCUGGUGGAGGUGCGUUCCAUGGUGAACCCGCCUGCUGCGGUGAAGAUGGCCCUGGAGUCCAUCUGCCUCCUGAUGGGGGAGCCCACCUCGGACUGGAAGGCCAUCCGUGGCAUCGUCAUCAGGGACAACUUCAUCAGUACCAUCGUCAACUUCCAGACUGACGACAUCACAGACAACAUCCGUGAGACCAUGGUGAGCAAGUACCUGUCUGAGCCCAAGUUCAACUUCGAGACGGUCGACAGGGCCAGCAAGGCCUGCGGGCCCAUGGUCAAGUGGGCGAUCGCACAGGUGAACUACGCAGACAUGCUGCAGCGCGUGGACCCUCUGCGGCAGGAGCUGCGUUCGCUGGAGGAAGAAGCCGACAGGAACAAGAUGGAGGGAGAGGAGAUGAACCGCCUGGUGCAGGAGCUGGAGAAGAGCAUCGCCAGGUACAAGGAGGAGUACGCCGUGCUGAUCAGCCAGGCGGAGGCCAUCAAGGCCAGUCUGCUCGCUGUGGAGGAGAAGGUGACGAGAGCCACAGACCUGCUCCGGAGCCUGGGCAUGGAGCGGGAGCGCUGGGAGGCCGGCAGCGUGUCCUUUAAGAACCAGAUGGCGACGAUCGUGGGCGACUGCCUGCUGUCCGCCGCCUUCCUGGCGUACGCCGGCUACUUCGACCAGCACAUGCGCCAGAGCCUCUUCAACUCCUGGUCACACCACCUCCAGCAGGCCAACGUGAAGUUCCGUCCGGACAUCGCGCGGGUGGAGUACCUCUCCAAUGCGGACGAGCGGCUGCGCUGGCAGGCCAACGCCCUUCCGGCCGAUGACCUCUGCACGGAGAACGCCAUCAUGCUGAAGCGCUUCAACCGCUACCCGCUCAUCAUCGACCCGUCCGGACAGGCCACGGCGUUCGUGCUGAACGAGUACCGUGAGAGGACCAUCACCAAGACCAGCUUCCUGGACGAUGCCUUCAGGAAGAACCUGGAGUCGGCGCUGCGCUUCGGCAACCCGCUGCUCGUGCAGGACGUGGAGAGCUACGACCCCAUCCUCAACCCCGUACUCAACCGCGAGGUGCGUCGGACGGGCGGGCGUGUCCUCAUCACCCUGGGCGACCAGGACAUUGACCUGUCGCCCUCCUUCACCAUCUUCCUGUCCACGCGCGACCCGACCGUCGAGUUCCCGCCAGACAUCUGCUCACGCGUCACCUUCGUCAACUUCACCGUCACACGCAGCAGCCUGCAGAGCCAGUGCCUCAACGAGGUGCUCAAGGCGGAACGGCCAGACGUGGACGAGAAGAGGUCCGACCUGCUGAAACUGCAAGGUGAGUUCCACCUGCGUCUGCGGCAGCUGGAGAAGUCCCUGCUGCAGGCGCUGAACGACGUGAAGGGGAAGAUCCUGGACGACGACCGCAUCAUCACGCACCUGGAGACGCUGAAGAAGGAGGCUGCGGAGAUCACCAGGAAGGUGGAGGAGACGGACGCUGUGAUGGCCGAGGUGGAGCGGGUCUCUCAGCAGUACCAUCCACUGGCAGCCGCCUGCAGCAGCAUCUACUUCACUAUGGACUCUACUCACCAGAUCCAUUUCCUGUACCAGUACUCUCUGCAGUUCUUCCUGGACAUUUACCACGCCGUCCUGUACGAGAACUCGCACCUCAACGGGGUGACGGACUACAUGGCUCGCCUCAACGUCAUCAUCAAGGACCUCUUCCAGGAGUCGUUUAAGCGCGUUGCCCGGGGCAUGCUGUUUAAGGACAGGAUCACCUUCGCGGUGCUGCUGGUGCGGAUCUUCCUGAAGGGCGUGAUGGACGAACCGACUGAGUACGACGCAGAGUUCCAGCAUCUUCUGCGGGGGAAGGAGACCGUCGUGAAGAGCCACGAGCUGCCCAUGGUCGAGGGGCUGGCCACAGAACAGCUGGAGAGCAUGAUGAGGCUGACCCACCUCCCGUCCUUCAGUAACCUGGCCGUGCGGGUGCAGGCUGAGGAUGGUUUCUCCUCAUGGGUGGAGUCCGUGACUCCGGAGGUUGACGUUCCUGUGCUCUGGGCUGAUGACGACAAGCUCACUAAGACGGGGCGUGACAUGCAGCGCCUGCUGGUGAUCCAGGCCUUCCGUCCGGACCGACUGAACGCCAUCACGCACAGGUUUGUGCAGACGGUGAUGGGAGACGCCUUCAUGCACUGUGCCGAGCAGGAGCUGGACCUGGCUGGGACAGUGGAGAAUGAGAUCAAGUCCAGCACGCCUCUGCUGCUGUGCUCCGUCCCCGGCUACGACGCGAGCGGACAUGUGGAGGAUGUGGCGGCCGAGCUGGGCAAGGGCCUGACUCCCAUCGCCAUCGGGUCCGCGGAAGGGUUCAGCCUGGCAGACAAGGCCAUCAACACAGCAACCAAGUCUGGAAGGUGGGUUCUGCUGAAGAACGUCCACCUGGCCCCCCAGUGGCUGGUGCAGCUGGAGAAGAAGCUCCACUCCCUCACGCCUCACCGAGACUUCCGACUCUUCCUCACCAUGGAAAUCAACCCCAAGGUGCCGGUGAAUCUGCUGAGAGCCGGGCGAGUGUUUGUGUUUGAGCCGCCGCCCGGCGUGAAAGCCAACCUGCUGGGAACAUUCAGCACCAUUCCUGCCGCACGCAUGUGCAAGGCGCCGGGUGAGCGAGCCCGUCUGUACUUCCUGCUGGCCUGGUUCCACGCCGUGGUGCAGGAGAGGCUGCGCUACGCCCCCCUCGGUUGGUCCAAGUGCUACGAGUUCAACGAGUCGGACCUGCGAUGCUCCUGCGACACGCUCGACACCUGGAUCGAGAUGGCUGCAAAGGGUCGUGCUAACCUGCCGCCAGACAAGGUGCCGUGGGACGCCCUGAGGAUCCUGCUGUCCCAGGCUAUCUACGGAGGCCGCGUGGACAACGAUUUUGAUCAGCGUCUGCUGAACGCCUUCCUGGACAAGCUGUUCACGGCACACAGCUUCGAGCGGGACUUCCAGCUGGUCAGCAAGGUGGACGGCAACAAGGACAUCAUCAUGCCGGAGGGCAUCCAUCGGGACCAGUUCCUGCAGUGGUCCGAGGGCCUGCCGGACAUGCAGACUCCCUCCUGGCUGGGCCUGCCCAACAAUGCGGAGAAAGUGCUGCUGACAACACAGGGUGCUGACAUGAUCAUCAACCUGCUGCGGAUGCAGAUGCUGGAGGAUGAUGAGGAUGUGAUGGAGGAGGGCCGACCUCGCGCCGGCAGCCGGAAGCGCGCCACCAGCAGCGGCGACGGGCGACCGGCAUGGAUGCGAACCCUGCUCAUGUCCACCUCCAACUGGCUAUCCCAGAUCCCUAAGAAUUUGUCUGUCCUACGUCGGACUGCAGAAAACAUCAAGGACCCUCUGUUCCGAUUCUUUGAACGUGAGGUGAACGCCGGCGCCCGACUGCUGAGGGAAGUCCGGACCAACCUGGAGAACGUGGUCCUGGUGUGCGAGGGGAAGAAGAAGCAGACCAACGAAGACAGGGAGCUCAUCAGCGUCCUGGCUAAAGGGAUGCUGCCACAGUCGUGGCGCCGAUACAAGGUUCCCGACGGCACGACGGUUAUCCAGUGGGUGAUCGACUUCGGGCAGCGCAUCAAGCAGCUGCACAAGAUCUCCCAAGCUACGGCCCAGGGCGGCGCCAAGGAACUCAAGAACCAGCAGAUCUGGCUGGGCGGCCUGUUUGUCCCUGAGGCGUUUAUCACAGCAACGCGUCAGUACGUGUCUCAGGCCAACAGCUGGUCUCUGGAGGAACUCGCCAUGGAGGUGCACAUCUCUGAUGGCAGUGGGAAAGACAUUCCGAGGGACGGCGGGACAUUCAUGGUCACAGGCCUGAAACUGCAGGGAGCGACGUGUAAGCAGAACACCCUGCAGCUGAGUAAGACCAUCUCCACCGAGCUGCCCAUCACAUGCCUGCGCUGGAUCAGGGCCCAAGGAGAUGUCCAGAAGUCACCAUCAUUGGUGACCCUGCCGGUGUAUCUGAACCAGACGCGUGCCGACCUGCUCUUUACGGUUGACCUGCAGACGGCCGGCAGCCGCUCGGGCGCAAACCACGGCUUCUACGAGCACGGCGUGGCCCUGCUCGCCGCAGAGUGGACAUAGACGGACUCUUAAAGUCAACUAAAAGUCAGAGCAUUUCUAAUCGACCAAAUGAAACAACCAAACACUGAUUUUAUUGGCUAGCUUACCGCUCAGUGUGCAAAGUAGACUGAGAUCAGACGAGUAUGUGUGUGCCAGUGGUGAAUGAUAGAGGGAGAGAGUAUAGAAGAGAAGGGAAAAGGAGUGAGUUUACAAAACAGAGGCUUCAGUAAGGUACUGAAGUCAGAAAUGAUAUUUGAGAAGUCAGGACUGUGAGAGAUUGUGUCAGUGCAGGGAAAAGUGUGAGUUGGAUGGAGGAAUGGUGCAGAAAAGACUGUGAGAGAGGAAGUGAUGUUGUUUAGAAGAAACGAUGUACUGGGAGACAGAAGAGUCUGAAGAUGAAGGAAUUAAGAAUUUACAUGUGGCACAUGACAUAUUUAGCUUUAUCAAGCAGAAGUUGCUGCGUGGUUUAUCUUUGCUGGAAAAUAGGUGUAGUAAAUAUCUUUGUUUUGAUCAAGAAAUUACGUAAACUUCAGACCUAUAAAAGUAGACAAUAGUGAUAUACCAGAGUGUUAAUGAUUGUGGUCAUAUUCAUACUAAGAGCUCUGAGGUUGAUGUGCAAAACUAUUGAACUGUUCAAGAUUGCCUUAUGAAUUGACUAGUGUGUUCCAAGAGUGUUUCAGAAAUAUAUUGGUGGUGUAGAGCCUAUUAAGAACGUUACAUUUAAUAGUGAACAUUAAAGGUGUGAUUAUAUAACAAGAA